AUGACUGAAACUGCCACUAUUACCAACACACAGGCAAAAGGCAGUAAAGCAAAGGUUGUGGUAGAUCGUGAGAAGACAUGUCCUUUUCUAUUACGAAUGUUUUGUAAAGAAGGCGGACAUCACAGUAUAACAGACUAUUCAACGGAACGUCAGCCGACAGAGGACGAAGUCCAAAUAUAUACAUGGAAGGACGCAACACUAAAGGAAUUAGCCAACCUACUAAAAGAAAUAAACCCUGAAGCACAACGAAUGGCUGCUCGUUUAUCUUUUAAACUCGUCUAUCAAGACAAUGUACGCGGACGUUACGUAUUCAAAGACCUCGGGAUGGUAAUGAACAAUCGAUCCACCACCGAGGAAGAUACAACUCUCGAUGAUGCGAGAUUUGUAAUUGGAGAUUUCCUUGAUGUUGCUUUAUCCCAUGGACCUCAGUUCACAAGAAACACGAACGAGAGGAGAGGAAACGCAUAA